AUGAAUAACCGUGGUAGUUAUGAAGUGUACUUCAGAAAUCCAGAAUUAUAUGAUUCACAAUUAGCUAUACGUACAUCUUACCAGGAUUUGCUUUGGAAAUGGUACUUAGCUCAACGUCUUAAGCAGCAAGGCUGGCAAGAAUAUGAGAAUAUCAAUUACCAGGGAGACACUAUUAACCCAAUGGAUGGUCAAGAUAGCAAUCAUAAACAAUCAUCACACUAUUUAUCCCAAAAGCCAAAUUACAAUUACGAAUUUAUACCUGAAACUGUCGAUUCAUCCAAUCAUCCAGAUGAUAUGGAUAACGAUGAGAAUAACAAUUCUAAAAUGCCAUCUCCUGCUAACACCGAUCAAGAGAAUCAACCAGGAUAUGGGCAACCAACCGAUCAUCCAACUUCUAAUCCUACCUCGGCAGCCAUACAAACUCAAACGCCAUCCACUCGGUCUUCUCCGACAGCCACUUCCAGCGUCACCAUGGUUCCCAAAUCAUCAUCAGCCAGUCAUCCAUUUCAUUCAGCAGACAAACACGUCAUCCAGCUUCAAGUGAAUGACGAGUGGAUCAGCUUGGAUGUUGGAAGUGAUCCUGCUGCCACUCAGUCUCGUUUUCUAUCUCCAUAA